AUGCACGGACUGGUACAUAAAAUGCGUUCCUAUGCGAUGGUCUGCUUCGCCAACGCUGCUUGGAGCUUUCUCUUCUCCGUCUCUGUGGCUUACGCUGCAAUUGGGCCUGUUGCUGAGCUUGAAAUCGUCAACAAAAUUAUUGCGCCAGAUGGCUUCAGCCGUUCGGCAGUAUUGGCUGGGGGGACUUUUCCUGGCCCUCUCAUUCGUGGCAAUAAAGGCAGCAACUUCGAGCUCAAUGUCGUCGACGAUCUGACAGAUAGCACCAUGCUCAAGAGCACAAGUAUUCACUGGCAUGGCAUUUUCCAGUCGGGAACUCCUUGGGAAGAUGGGCCAGCCUUUGUUACUCGUGAGUACAUAUUGUCCGGACACACUUUGGGUGUUGACGACGAGUCUACGACAGAAUGCCCGAUCACACCAAAACAUUCCUUUUUGUAUAAUUUCAAGGCCCCUGGACAAGCAGGAACCUUCUGGUAUCAUAGCCAUUUGUCGACCCAAUAUUGCGAUGGUCUCCGUGGUCCACUUGUGAUUUAUGACCCCAAUGACCCGCAAAAACACUUAUACGAUAUCGACGAUGAAACCACGAUUAUCACUCUUGCUGAUUGGUACCACUACCCAGCGCCAUCCCAUCCGGCUAUCCCCGCACUUAAUUCGACCCUGAUCAACGGUCUUGGACGCUAUCUAGGUGGCCCUCUUUCGAAGCUUGCUGUCAUCAGUGUCUCUCCCCAUAAGCGAUAUCGGUUCCGUUUGGUUUCAAUUUCAUGUGAUCCCAACUGGAUUUUCAGUAUCGAUGGGCAUACAAUGACCAUCAUCGAGGUCGAUGGCGUUAACCACAAACCUCUCGAAUGUUUUAAUCCAGUCGCGGGCCAGCGCUACUCCUUUGUCCUCAAUGCCAACAAGCCCGUUGACAACUAUUGGAUUCGUGCAGAGCCUACACUUGCCCUCCCUGGGGUCAACCACGGAUUCGCCAACGGCACAAAUUCGGCCAUUCUGCGCUACGUCGGUGCGCCAAUUCGGGACCCUACGACACAGAACACCACGUCCAAGCUCCCGUUGAUUGAAAACAACCUGAAGCCUCUCGUGAAGACGCCCGUGCCGGGUGUCCAUGCUCCGGGGAAGGCGGACAGAAAUCUCAAUUUGGUGAUCUCGCUCGGACCGAAUGGGACAUUCCAGAUUAACAACGCAAGCUUCGUACCGCCGAAGAUUCCUGUUUUGCUGCAGAUACUCUCAGGAGCAAAGAAAGCGCAGGAACUUAUGCCGAAGGACAGCAUCAUCGAGUUGAAGCCCAACCAGGUCGUCGAAGUCAGCAUUCCUGGAGGCUCCAUCGGCGCUCCACAUCCCUUUCAUCUUCACGGGCACAACUUCUUUGUGGUCCGCAGCGCCGGGAAUUCGUCGUACAACUACAUCGACCCACCGAUCCGGGACGUUGUCUCGACCGGCGCAUCGAUCUCGGACCUGACCACCUUCCGGUUCGUCACCGACAACAGCGGGCCUUGGUUCUUGCACUGUCAUAUCGACUGGCACUUGGACGUUGGUUUGGCUGUCGUCUUCGCGGAAAAUAUUCCGGGAAUCCAGAAAGAGAACCCACCUUACGCCUGGGACCAGCUUUGCCCUAUCUACGACGCAAGCGCUCAGGACUGA